GGGCGCGACAGAGGUCUAGACGUUUCGAGCCCGAAUCGCAGCCAUCAGUAGCCAUCGAGCACCGUCUGCGAGUGCAACUUACGUGUGUGUUCAGUUUCCCGAAAUAAUUCGCUCCCACGGUCAGUGUCGGUGUUAAUCAGCCUGCGUACCUACAUCUAGCUCAGAGAAAAUGAAAGCCUUUUCCGUGUUGGCCCUGCUCGUUGCCGUUUGCGGCCUGUGCGACUACGCAUACGGAACGGUCGUAGAAUCGUGCGGUGAUACUCGCAGCGUGGUACCGAUCGAGGAAAAUGUGAUCGACAUUAGUGACUGUGCGAAAGGCCCAUGCAAGCUAAAGCGAAAAACCGCGGUGACCAUCAACCAAAAGUUCACUCCAACCGAAGACGUAAAGAGCCUUACUACGGCUGUGUAUGCCAAAAUUGUGGGCCUUCCGCUACCGUUCAUCGGUGUCGACGGUACCAGUGCCUGCCAGUAUUUGUUCGCGGAGGACGGUGAAACUAAAGUUGGCUGCCCGCUGAAGGCAGACGUGCCGGUGGUGUACAAGCGUAGCUUCGAUAUCUUGGAAAUUUACCCCAAGAUUCCAAGUAUGACCAUUCACUGGGAGCUGCAGACAAAGAGUGGCCGUUCGAUCACCUGCUUCGAGGUCCCGGCUAAGAUUGUGUAAGAGGAGCUGUGGACAGUCGGUUAACCAAUCUCAUCUGAAACUGCAACCUACCAGAAGGAAGGAACAGAAACGAUCAAUUGGAUGAUCAGUGAAUAGCAAAACUGUGCUAUCGUGUUAGCUUCCGAUGCAAUGCAAUGUCAGGUUACAAGUCUAUCAAUGCUGUCGGUGAUAGGAUAGCUAGUAAAUAUUGAUUCUAUUUUGUUUUUUAAACA